GUUCGGGGCUGGGCCCGGUAGGUCGGCGCCGCCGGUGACAGCGCGGCCAUGCUGCGCGACGGGACGGCGGGCGGCGCGGCGGGGAGCCGGCCGGUGCGCGUGUGGUGCGACGGCUGGUGAGUGAGUGGCGCGGGCGGAAUAAAUGGUGUUGGCCGAGCCGGUGCCUCCGCUCCUCCGUGGCCGCGCGGAGGGGGCGGGGGGCCGCGUUCCGAGCCGCCGCUGUCUCCGCAGCUACGACAUGGUGCACUACGGGCACUCGAACCAGCUGCGCCAGGCGCGUGCAAUGGGCGACUGCCUCGUCGUGGGCGUCCACACCGACGAGGAGAUUGCCAAGCACAAGGGCCCCCCUGUCUUUACGCAGGAGGAGAGAUACAAGAUGGUGCAAGCCAUCAAGUGGGUGGAUGAGAUUGCUCCAGGAGCUCCCUAUGUCACCACGCUGGAAACUCUGGACCGAUACAACUGUGACUUCUGUGUGCACGGUGAUGACAUCACCUUAACAGUUGACGGCAAGGAUACCUAUGAGGAAGUGAAGGCUGCAGGGCGAUACAGGGAAUGCAAACGCACCCAAGGUGUGUCCACUACCGACCUCGUUGGCCGCAUGCUGCUCAUGACUAAGGCUCACCACAGCAACAUAGAUGAGGACCUAGACUAUCGGAAGCACACUGACAACUUUGGGAAGGGGCCCAAAGGUCACAGUCCCUGGACUGGCGUCUCGCAGUUCCUGCAGACAUCGCAGAAGAUCAUCCAGUUUGCGUCAGGGAAGGAACCACAGCCAGGAGACACUAUCAUCUAUGUGGCCGGAGCCUUCGACCUCUUCCAUAUUGGGCAUGUGGAUUUCCUGGAGAAGGUUCACCAGCUGGCAGAGAAACCCUACAUCAUUGCUGGGCUGCACUUUGAUCAGGAAGUAAAUCGCUACAAAGGGAAGAACUAUCCCAUCAUGAACAUCCAUGAGAGAACACUCAGUGUCUUGGCCUGUAGGUAUGUUUCAGAAGUGGUGAUCGGAGCCCCAUACGCUGUCACUGCCGAUCUGCUGGAUCACUUCAGGGUAACACUUGUGUGUCAUGGGAUGACUGAGGUGGUGCCAGACAAGGAUGGUUCUGAUCCGUACGAGGAGCCAAAGCGACGUGGCAUUUUCCAGCUGGUGGACAGUGGCAGCAAUCUCACCACAGAUUUAAUUGUGCAAAGAAUCAUCAAGAACAGGCUGGAGUUUGAAGCUAGGAACCAGAAGAAGGAAGCAAAAGAGCUGGCUGUAUUGGAGGCCAUGAAGAGACUGGAAGAGGAGAAGCACUAGGCCAGCGGUGCGCUGGUGCGUGCGUCGCAGAGUGCCGCGGCCCGACCCUCCUGAGAGGGGACCCCUGAAUGGGGACAUGGCUGCCGGCCUGCACAGGAUGUGCUGUCCUACCCUCGUUUGUCCUAGCUCCUCUUGCACUAAUUAUGCAGGCAUAACGAGUCAGGAUCCUGCUGCCUAGUUCUUCCUCCAUUAAUCAGCCCCAAUCCCUUUUCCUAGGAGGAGAUUUAAAGAAAAAAACCAAACCACAUGGUUUUAAUCAUAACUAAUAUUUUAACAUGUUGAUGUGCUUUUACCUUCUACCAUUUCUGGCUUUUAGUAGGAGGGAAAGGGAGCAGCUGCCCAGGUCCCUGUGCUCCUCGGAGUUCGGCUGUCCUGCCCGGAGUCUGUGUUCCAGAGCAGCCCUUUGGGCAGUGGUGGGGUGGCUGGAUGGGCUGCUGGGAGCAGCCUUCCUGGGGAAGGGGAAUGUCGCCCGCGAUUCCUCCUGUGAGUGGCGUUAGGGAUGCUAUGCGGCUGCUGGAGGUGCUGAUGGUCCCUGUGCUCUAGGUUUAUCGUGCUGCCUCCUCUCAGCUGCUGCCUCUGUGACAAUACUGAGCCCACAGCUGCUUGAGGUUGAGCUGGAGAAAGCCUCUCCUCGCUGUGGCUGAUGCCAGGGAAUCAUUUGCUGCCCAGUAGCAGGUGGUGGGGUUGUGGCCACUGCAGGGGUGCAGGGGCCCUCCGUGCUGCGGUUUCCGAGCCGUGCUGAGGUGUUUGUGCACUGGAGUCAUGGAACCCCAGAGGCUUUUCCCGAAGGUUGUUGCUGUCACGAGGCAGCAGGACCCAGUGGCGCGUGUAGACCCUGCUCAGAGCCCUGCUUGCUGCUGCUGCCAGAGUCCAUAUUGCACCCAAGGAGUUCCCUCAGAGAGGGACUGUGACAGCUGAAACGUGAGGGCUGUGCUCUCAGGGCUGGCGUGCAGUGUGUGCCCUGCGGGGAUGUGCAGGGCCUGAGGGGGACAGGGGCCGGGCUGAACCCCUCUGACAUUCCAGGGGGCUGUGGCUGGAUGUCCUGGGCCGCUCCCUGCGCCGUCCCUCCAUGUGGCUCUGUUGUCCUCUCUGUUAUCAACUUUUAUUGCUGAUCAUUAAUAAAAUAUUGAAGAGUUGAGUGGGGCCCUCUUUGGGGCGUGAGUUCAUCCAGGUCCCUCGCUGGGAGACUGCCUUCUACAUCGGCUUUUCCCUGGAGCUCUGGUGGAAGCCAGGGAGAGGCUGCUGUGGCCGGAGAAGGAGCUUGUUGCCCAUGGGGAGUCCAGCCGGAGCUCUGAGGCAUGCGGGAUU